AAAAUAUGGAUUCAGGCGCUUAUAGAGAUGACUGGAGACGUUACGAAGAUUGGAAAGAAAACAUAAAAGCAAAUAAAAAAGUAAAGCAGAAGAAACGAGAAGUUCACAUCAAAUUUCAUGCUCAGUUAGAUAAUGAUCUGAUUGAUCAACAUGGGAAUAGGUCAUAUAGUGGAAGCGAAUCCGAACGGAAUAGUGAAUAUGAUGUCCUUAAUUUACCUCAAGAGAAGAAACAAGCAUCUUACCCCAGGAUUCGUAAAAGAACCAAUGAGCAUUUGAAUGAUAAUGAUGUCCAAUCUGUUUUUAUAAACACAAAGGGUUUUCCCGCUUUAAAAGAAUACUGUGAAAUAUUAAGACAAUUAAUGAAUAAUCAUCUUGAAGAAGAUUCCCAACUUGGGAGACACCUUUUCCAACUACUUGCUUGGUCAGUCGUUGAUAAUACACAACAUCAAAAAAUGUGGGAUGCUAUUCCAAUUCUAAAUAGAAUUUUAAAAGAGGGUAAAAUAGAAACGGUACAAUCAAAUUUCAUAAGCAUAGUACAACGCUGGUUGGGCUCGGAGCCCGCUUAUUUCGCUAUUGAUGCACUAACGGCUCUGUCAGCAUUGACAUCACUCUUACUAUUCGUACCUUCACCAGUUCGCCCCGGCGCCCAUCCCUCUGAAAAUCAUCUUAAAUCUCAGUUAUGGACUAAGAUCCUAUCGGAUGCAUUCACUCUUAAUACUGAUUCCUUUAACCCUAUAUGGGAACUUCACCAUCAAGUAUCUGCUAGUAGUGGAAGAGGAUCUGCUAGGUCAGAUUUUGCGUGUAUUAUUACUUCUCCUAUCACAAAGGAGCAGUACCCCUUUUUUAUCUUAGAAUUUGAAGUUGAUGGCAUACAGAUCCAUAAAGACUUUGCAGUAGUUGUUUCCGAGGCAGUUCAUGCUCUAAAUCGCAUAAUCUCAGCGCGUGUAAUUUUAGAAUCGGAAAUUUCCUUAGCCCAAAUGCACGUUGCUUUAGUAAAUAAUGCUCACAUACGGUUCGGAUUAUUAAGGCCUUUUUAUCACCAAGAACGUAAUGAAAUCAUAUACAUUUAUGAUCAGAACGUUAGGUGUUUUGACCUACAAUCAGGCUGCACUGCAAAUGACAUCGAAAAUAUGUUCAAUUUGAUCGUUUAUUUAAGACAAGUG